GGGCAAGAGCGCCUCGAAUUCAACCCCCACUCUCUACCCGCGAACGUCGUCGUCGUUCACGGUGGUAGCAGAGGCGCCACAAUUUCGCUUCUUCGCUCUUUUCGUUCAGUAUGCGCCGCGCUGCCUUGCCGGUAUGUUCGAUUUGUGUUGUUAGCGAUCGGGAAUAAUCGGAGGAAAGGAAAAUAAAUUAAUCGAUCGAUUAAAUAAUUCUGAAAAUUGAAUCGUAGUUUGAACUGUUUGAAUAUUUUGUGUCGUUACAACGAAGCUGACAUAAUUAUUACGUACAAUGACUAUAGAUAUCUUAGCAGCAUAAUGAAAGUACAAGUCGCUAAUUAAUCGUUUUUUUCACUGUUUAAUAAUUACGAAAUACACCCACAUAUAUUUAUAUAAAAACAAUCGUUUCGCCGAUUAUAAUAAAACAAAAUAUAUCAAAAAUCGUAGCGAGUUGGAUGAAAUUGUGAAGGACUAAAAGGGACAUCUUUUAUCGACGAGUAUUCGAUUUUUGGAAGAAAAAAAUAAAAAAUAAUUCUAACGAAGAUAAAAUAAAAAGUGUCGAUUAAAAAGAAGAACCCUCCGGAAUCGUGAAGCAAAGAGAAAGGAAGGGAGAGAAUUUUCAAAAAUAAUCAGUACGAUUAAAAGUCUGUCAAAGUGGAUUACACGGACGUAACAAAUAUGAUGGAUUCCGGUCCCGGAGUCCCCUUCGAUCUCGAGGGUGGUUUCGAACCGCAAACCAGGGCGAGAUCGAACACUUGGCCUCUGCCGCGUCCCGAGGGAUACGUGGACGGUCCGGUCGGGGGUGUAGCCGGCGGUAACGUCGGGGGUGGCGUCGGCGGAGGUAAAGAGGGUGUCGAAGGCGGUACGCCCCCCCAGCAAGGGCCGCUCGGUCAGGGCGGUUUGAUGCCGGUCAAGAAAAAUUCGUCACGAAGAAACGCCUGGGGGAAUCUGAGCUACGCCGAUCUAAUCACCCAAGCGAUCACUAGUGCCGCCGAAAAACGACUCACCUUAUCACAGAUUUACGAAUGGAUGGUACAGAACGUUCCUUACUUCAAGGACAAGGGGGACAGUAACAGCAGCGCCGGAUGGAAGAAUUCCAUCAGGCACAAUUUGUCGCUGCACAACAGAUUCAUGCGGGUGCAGAACGAGGGUACGGGAAAAAGUUCCUGGUGGAUGAUCAAUCCGGACGCUAAGCCGGGUAAAUCGGCUCGUCGACGCGCGACGUCCAUGGAGACCAGCAAGUUCGAGAAACGUAGGGGACGCGUCAAGAAGAAGGUGGAAGCCCUGAGAAACGGCGGUCUUCAGGCGGACGCCACUCCCAGUCCCAGCAGCAGCGUCAGCGAGGGUCUCGAUCUCUUUCCGGACAGUCCUCUUCAUCCCGCGAGCGGUUUUCAACUGUCGCCCGAUUUCCGACCCCGCGCCUCCAGCAACGCCUCGUCCUGCGGAAGGCUGAGUCCGAUACCCGCGGCUUUCGUGGAAUCGGAAUGGGCGCCAGCCUACGCACCUUCUUACAGUCCCGAUCAACUUGCCGGCAGUUUGGCGGAAUCGAUGAAAUUGGAACCGUACCAAAUGUACCAGACGUCACCGCCGAAUCAUCAGCAAACCGGUCCACCGCCUUCCUACUACGAAGCCCAGUACCAGAGGAGCAACCCUUUGCGCACCGGAGCUUCGCCCUACGGUUUACCGCCAACACCUCAGUCCGCCAAUCAGCAAAGAUGUCCUCACCACCGCCUGCAAUCCUGCGCUUGUCAAAUGAACCUGAGUCCCGCUUCCGGCAUGUCACCGUCCUACUCGCAGAGCGAACCGAGUCCGUCACCUCUUGGCGGUAGUCAACAACAACAGCAACAGCAACAACAACAACCACCUCAGUACAUAAUGCAAAGUCAGCAACAACGUCAACAACAACAAGCUCAGAGCGGACCCGCGGGGCCCAGUCCACCGCACACGCCGUCACCUUGCACGCCGACUCCCAGCACUAUGAUGGGACAACUGAUGGGCGCCCUGAAUCAUGCGACGCUACUCGAUGACCUGAACAUCAACAUAGAGUCGCUCGACGGCGGAUUCGACUGCAACGUCGACGAGGUGAUAAAGCACGAGCUAUCGAUGGACGGUACCUUAGACUUCAACUUCCAACAAAGUGUCAUGGGGGUGGCCUCGGUUCAGGUGAGCGACGCAGGCGGUGUCGGUCAGAGUGUCGUCUCCCAGAGUAAUCAAGUUGGACCGAACAACGCGUCGGUUGUUUACGCGAACGCGGCGACACCGUCGGCACCGCCUUCUUGGGUUCACUAGCAGCGACCGUAUACCUCAGCCCUCCUGACACCCACCAGCCCACCGCCUCAAUUUUCUUUUACACACCACCGCGGCGAUACACCACCAUACGUUGUCGGGACGGCUGACGUCGAGAUGCAGAGAAUCGCUACACCGUUUCAUACGUACGGAGGGCUGCAGUGCUGUUGCGACGCGGGAAGGAUUGGUUUGUGAUAAAGUACACGUUUUAAUUUUUUCUUACUUUCUUUCUUUGUUUUGUUUUUUUUUUAUAUAUAAAACUUUUUUUCCCUUCUAUUUUUUUUUUCGAAUUUUUUUUUUUUUUUUUGUAUUGGUUGUAGAAAAAUAACCGCUAUAUACGUACUUCAAAAAAUGCCAGUCUACGCAUACCUACACACACACACAAACACACAUAUAUAUACAUAUAUAUAUAUAUAAAUA